AGCGCGCUCCCGGGGUCUGAGCAGGAGGAGGACAGAGAGGAGGACAGAGAGGAGGAAAGAAGCGGCACAAACACUCACAAAACCCGAAUAAUCCACAGCUCCAGAGCCCCCGGACCGGCCCAACCAUGUCAGAGGAGAAGCCCAAGGAGGGAGUCAAAACCGAGAACGACCACAUCAACCUGAAAGUGGCGGGACAGGACGGCUCCGUGGUCCAGUUCAAAAUCAAACGGCACACACCGCUCAGCAAACUCAUGAAGGCGUACUGCGAGAGACAGGGUCUUUCAAUAAGGCAGAUCAGAUUCAGGUUUGACGGGCAGCCUAUAAAUGAGACGGACACCCCAGCACAGCUGGAGAUGGAGGACGAAGACACCAUAGACGUGUUCCAACAGCAGACAGGGGGCCGCUGCUAAACCCCUCCACGCCACCAUGACCCCCUCUCCGCCUCCACCGUUCCUCCCUCUUCCCCCUUUUCUUAUAAUGACCUCAGUUUGUCGUCGCCAUGGCGCUCUCCAUCAGGUGUGGGGGGCGUGUCUUCGUGUAUAUACUGUCCCCGGCUGGACUGAACUGUGGUCCUCUUGUCUUUGAGUGCAAACCGGGACUUAAAAGUGUGUCUAAACCGCGUUGGGACCGGCAGUGUCAGGGCUGUCUCUGGUCUAGUAUUUUGUAGGUUCCGCUUGUCCCACGGUCAGCCAUUUUGGCACCGCUCACUUUCAUUUCACAUUCUUGUAUUGUCUCGACUCUUGCUCUCAUGUCAAUAUAUAUUUUAAUGGUAUCUGCAUUUUUAUGGCAUUUUAGGGAGUUCAUUUUUGUGCGAAUACGUUCAUGGGUUUGUCGGCUUGUAAAUUCACUCUACUUCAGUGGCUUUUGUUCGACCACUGUCUCGGAACUUGGCUGCAGCUGUACUGUCAUUCGAUAUAGCCAUUUUAACACACCAACAAGACAAAACGAGUGGGAGUAAAUAAAUUGUGGCUGAGCAGAACAUUCAUUUUGAGUGCAACUUUCUAAACCAUAGCUUAAUGGUGAAUUGUGUAACUUUUUGGAGGAGGGCCCGCCACCUGCUUUUGUCUAUUUUGAUACGAAUUCUUCAUGUUUGAUGUUCCCCAGUAUGGCAUUAAAGCAGAGCUACUUUGCAAACUCGACUUCUCAAGAGUUUUAACCGUGUUAUAGUUAAUUCUCCUCAUUUAACCACUCGAAAGUUGGAUUUGAAGUGGCUUGUGCAUGGCGGUCUUCACUCAUUUUCAUGCCAAAUUACAAAUGAACUCCCAUUUUCACCACUCCCGGGACACGCCCACUGCUCUGUACUUUUUACGUCCUCCAAUUUUAUAUUCUUAAUUGGUGAUACAGCAGUGCCGCGUUGUAAUUUUGGUACAAAUGAAGAAAAACCUGCGGUGAAAUGUGCAGCUAUCCAUCGGAAGUACAAAUUCUUUACGCUGACGUCAACUCCCAUUGGGCUCCUGAAUUUUCUAACACUGAAAUCAAUCCUUUUUAGAUUAAUAUUGAUCUUUAAAAUGUCCAAAUUAUAACCCGAAGUAAUCCCAUUCUCUGUCAGAAUAAAUUUUUUUCAAUGCAGCUAUGGAGAAUAUUCAGUGUAAUGCCAUACUGUGGGAUAUUGGGAAAGAAAUCACAGCUCAACAGUGAAAAACAGGUGGGAGAUCCUCAAGUAGAAAAGUUCUUUGGUGUAACUUUUUGAACAAGUCCAGCUCACGUCAUAUUCUCAAGUGAAUUCGGGUUUGUUGAACAUUGCAGUUACGCUACUGAAAGCCAGUGUGUCGUUCCCGGCUUUCAGCAGCGAGAAAUGUGCGUCUUGUGUUGUCUGCUGUCCCAUUUUAAAUUAUUUUUUUUUUACUUUACUUGUUUGUACAGGAAGAAAGUGCAGGCCAUUCAUUUGAACACCCUUUACAACAGAGUGUGAAAACUAAAAAGAUGUCGUGCCGGCGUCUCCGGUAUUGCAGAGCGUAAACAACAAGGCUGCACAAUAUUCGGUAGGCAGGGAGAGCGCGGUGAACAAACCAAUCUACAUAAAGGGCCCAUUUCUUUGUAUGUAGCGCGUUUGGCAGUUAAAGGGCCCAUAUUAAGCUAUUUUCUGAUCUGUUAUGUUUCCUCAUCGAAAAACUACUUGUAUUUGUGUGUGUUUUGUUUCAUUCGCACAUGUUUAACACACAAACCUUGCAUAUUUAGGCUGAAUUCCACCUUGCGAUGUCACUAGAAUCAUUUGGAUAAUUUCAGUCGCGUAAUUGUCAACCUCUACUGAACUAAAACUUAAAAGUAGCUGCUAAUUUGAAAGCUCCCGUUUCAUGACAUCACAAGGUGGAACAGAGCAUUUGACCUGACUAAUAACGAACCAAACACGUGUGAAUGAAACAAAACACGACUUCAGGCAUGUUUCUGAUGAGCUAACAAGAUUCCAACAUGGCUUCAAGCUCACAAGAGUCAAUUUUGUGAUGUUUUUUUUUUUUUAAUAAUUUGACUUAUUUCUUUCAAACGUGCAUGUGCAAUGUUGUGUAUGUGUGUGAAUUAGGCGAAGAUUUAGGCAACGUUGAAUAGCCAUAGCCCCAAUCUUUUAGAAAUCUGUAUAGUCCCGCGAAAGUGUGUUAAGAAUUUUUCAUAAACAUAAGCACAUUAAUGGAUAUAAGAGUCAAUGGUUCAUACGAAGAAGUGGGCCCGUGUUUUGUCAUGUUAUGUUUCUCUACUGAUUUGUACAUUAUUUGUGGUCUUUUACUACUGUAUACAAUAAAUAUAGUUUGGUACUCA